CAUAGACAACAGGUCAAAGGAAUAUAUUAUUGGAUAACACCUUGAUGCUACAUACAUUAUGAUGAAUUUCAUGUGGUCAAUUUUGUUAUUAAGUACUAGCAUUUGGUUGGUGUCUAAUGUUGAGGCCAAAAAGUCUAAAAAGGAAGGAUGCAUUUCCAAUGGAGACAUUAACAAUUUCAAAGCUGACAUCCACACUGAGUUUGAUGCAUUAAAGAAUGAUGUAUCUGAGUUGAAGGAAGAUGUGGCAAGGAUUGCAGCUUACAUUGGAGAGAAGGACCAUCAGAAUGAGUUAAAAGAAUUGAGGAAAGAUGUGAACGAUAUGAAAGAAAGGAUGAUGAAGGGGAUGGAAGAGCUACUGACUUGUGUGAAUAUAGGCACAGGCCAAGUGAUGUGGGGAGACUGGAACGACUGGAGCUUGUGUGACAAGAAUCUAUGUAACAUAAUUCAUAGAGAGAGACUUUGUUUGAGUGAAGGAGGUAGGGCGCUGGACCCCUCACAUUGUAGCAAACUUGCUGGUGAACAUAUCCAAUCAAAACAAUGCUGUAAAGAACUCCAGGGGAUUGACAAGAAAACAUUCUAUGAGAAUAUAUACAAGAAAACUGAUGAUCCACUUCCUAGCGUGUAUGUGAAGGCUACAGGCUCUAAUGUUAAAGUAUAUGAGAGAAAAAAGCUAUCCUGGGUUGUAUCUCUGAAGUUUAUGAAGACAUCACCAAAUGGAAAAUCGGAACAUAUCUGUGGAGGUGUCAUUCUGAGUAACAUAUGGGUUAUCACAGCUGCUCAUUGUAUUUGUGAUAAAUACACUGCUUGCUGUGAUGAAGAAAACAAAGUCAUAUGCAAUAUGAGCAAGUGGAAGAUCACAGCCGGUGAAUGGAGGUUGGGUGCCACUAGUAAAACAGAACAGCACAGAGAUGUGGAACACAUAGUUGUACAUAAUCAGUUUUCCGAUGAGCUCAACUACAGAAUGGACAUAGCACUUAUCAAACUGAGCUCCAGUUUAGACUUCAUGGACAACCCAUAUGUUCAGCCCAGCCUUCUUCCUGCUAGGAGCUGUCGAAGAGCCUCUGGUGGGAAAUGCAUAGAGACUCACAAAGAUUGGGCUCAGCAGGUUGAUUGCUUUACAACUGGUUGGGGAGUAGGUAACAAAGGUCAGGUACAAGACAAAGGCCAUACUGUCAAGGUGAGGAUUAAGGACUAUGUUUCACAAAAUACUGUCAUUGGAUCAGAGAGAAUACGUGGUGAGAAAAUAGUUUGUUUGGGAUACAGUGGAAGCCCAUUGAUGUGCAACAUCAACACAACGGCAAUGGAGUUCAUUCCUCCACAGGAUAUGGUGGUACUUGGGCUGAACAGUCUCAUAUAUCCAUCUGGAUGUGACAAACAGGCAAAGAACUACACACAAACAGAUCUUAUCUACCACAUGGAGUGGAUCUCAGACACUGUAAUGGAUUGGAUCCCAUGGGGCUCAUGGAGUAAAUGUUCAAAAGGAAACAAGAGACAUCGGUUAAGAUCUGGAUUUUUUCCUGAAUAUGGCUACCUGCAGGGUGAUGGGCCACUAUACCAGAAUUACAAUGGGGACCGUUUUAAGAUUGAUGAGGCCAGUUGUGAAGGUUCAACUACAACUGGCUCAGUCACAGUAGCUCCAACCAUGGCUUCAACUACAACAGUGCCUUCAACAACAAUGGAAGACCCCUUAGCUCCCUACACUGCAAGGAUAGGCGAUUGUCAGGGCAAUGACUUAGAUGGAGGAUUCAACGCAACCUUACAUGAAUGUGCCCAACUGUGCACCAGAAAGGGACAAUGUGUUGGAUUUGUUUACAAUAGAAAUCCAAUAUUUAAUGAAGAAUGCUGGCUGAAACAAAAGACUUGUCUAACACCAACUAUUACACGGUUUCCAAACACAAUGGUGUAUGAUAAAACACUUGUUAUACUGGAGCAAACUUAAAAGGAUGCAUUUACAGAAGAGUUCUUAAAGAUGAAUAUUCCAAAGUCUGUUGUCCUCUUAUUACAAGGUCAUGAUUUCCAUGGCUACAACAAUGGAUUUAGGAAUAUUCAUCCGCUAAGAACUGACAAAUUUGCUGGUGAUGUACAUCAGGUUGACAAGAUGUUUCACAAUUUGAAAACAGGUCAUAAAAAUAAUUAUUAAACGGCAACUCCACAGAGUAGCAAAUCCCAACAAACAAAAUAUUCAUGAUUCCAUAAAUCUGUG